AUGGGCAACCUCAUGAUGAUGGUACUGUCGCUUCUACUUGCUGCUAGUCAGACCCAAGCUCAAGCUCCUAGUCUACUCCCUUUUUCCAAGGACAGCAAUUUGACCCACCGUUCCAAUGUCUGCGAUCGAUUUUUGGAGUAUGCCAGUGGACAAGCCAAUAUUCGCGAUGCGCUCAAGGGUUUGAAUUUGACCGUCGGUGUUGUUGAUCAACUGAACGAUGUGUACAUUCACUUUAAUGAAGAUGGCACCAUCAAGGACGAGGAUCCAGGAAUCUUUGUGAUCAUUUUGGAUGAAUUGGCACGCCGGGGUGGAUUUGACUGGAGAAAUAAUUACGGUGUGGUCUACCCACCCAAUGGGACCAAUCCGGAAACGAAUACUCCCUUCAACUGGACCGAUGUCCUGUACGAAUCCGUUUUGAACUAUGAUUUCAGCUUUGCGGAAUGGGUCCACAAUCAAGAACGCCGUGUGAGAGGAAUUUCCUUCCCUGUGGGUUGGUACGAUUCCUCUAUCAUUUUGGUCCAAAACCGUGUGGAAGAAGUGGUGACCUUUGAUGUCACUGCCUUUUUGAGACCCUUUAGUAACGCUGUUUGGGGCAUGAUUGUGGGUGUCUUUAUCGUCUCUGGUUUAUUGUAUUGGAUGAUUGAUAAGAUUGCCACCUGGGGGACCAAUGACGAAGUCAACUCGGUCUUGUAUGACAUGUUCUUGGCUACAAUGACGUUUACUCAGCAUCACAUGUACUGGGAUCCAUCUGGGCAUGGAAAACGUAUCUUUGCCUUUUCGGCAUCCUUCUGGUCCUUGGUCUUGGCCUCUGCUUACACUGCCAACCUUGCUUCUUUUCUGGUCAGUCAAGGGCAGCCUGCUGAGAUUGCCACCAGUUUGGCCGAAGUGGAAGCCCUGCAAAUUCCUCUUUGCGUUCGUGCCAAUGCUGCCGUCGAAGCGGACUUGAAAACCCGCUAUCCGCAACUCAUCUUGAACACGGAUAGUGAUUUCGACAAAAUCUACGAAUUUCUUCUUGCUGGCAAGUGCAAACUCUUGGCCACACGACCCUUUGAUUUUGAUCAAUUCCGAAACAAUGAAGAGAUCAACCCCGACUGCUCUCUACAAUGGGUCGGAAGACAAGACAAUAGCAACAAGGGAGGUCCUGCCACUCUUGUCGAUACCAAGAGCUACUGUACUUCUCUCAUCACUCAUGUCCUCGAAAUUCACAUGAACGAGAUGCUCGAUGAUCACUUUAUUGAUCUCACCUGGCAAGCCCACCUUCGCAACCAGUCCAACCAUCAAUGUGGAGCCCAAGAAUCAGAAUCCAAGGAUGUCGAUGGACAAUAUUCCCUGACCAUUCUAGAAGUGGGUGGAAUCUUUGUCUUUCACGGUGCCCUCGGAUUGGUUUCCAUUAUUGUGGCCCUGCUGGAAAUGUGGUGGAGGCGACGACAAGAACGAGGCGCGCUGCAAUUUGCGGCCAAGGAUCCAGAAGGCAAGGAAGCUCCUGUGGAGCAUAUUCGAAUGGCUCAACGUGCCUCCAGCAACAUGCCCGCCAUGGCACACUAUCAAUCCUCCAUGGCCUUGAAAUCCAUCAUCCACGAUCGGGAUAGUCAGCGCAAGAGUCGUACCAAUUCUGGGUCUCCGAUGCAUGGUCGAGGAAGCGGCGGUGGUUAUCGUGACGAUGAUGUCGACUUUAAUGACGAUGUUCUUGGUACCAUCCAAUCCCUGCAAACAGAAAUGGAAAAGUUGCAAAACUACGUGGUAGAAAAUCGUAACAAGCAUCAUGGGGACGGGUCGCUCGGAGCCUAA